GUGGUUUUCAUUUCAACAAUUUCUUUCUUUACCACUAUUAUAUUCCAAAAAUCUACCUCGUUUCCCCUCUCUUCUUCUCUCUCUCUCUCUCUCCCUCCCUCACUCUGCUCUGUGCAAGACGGCGUAAGUUUUGAUCUAGUCUUGCCUUUAAUUCAGAUGGUUGCUCAUCACUUCAGGGUUGAGAUUCUUAGGGAAGUCAUCUACUUGACAAUGAGAAGCAGAAAAGAUUACGUUUAAGCCAUUUUGAUAUUCUUUGGUUUCAUAUAAAAUGGAAGAUGAUAAUGGGCUUGAGCUUAGCUUGGGUUUAUCUUGUGGUGGAUUGUCUAUCAAGUCCAAGGGUAAAAAUGGCAGCUCCUCAGAUAUCAAGUUAGAAGAAGGUGAUAGAGGGAAUAAAGUAGUGGAUGAUUUUAAGAACUUUCUCCAAGCCGGCACCCAGAAGCAAGACUCAAGUACCGGAUCGCAGAGAAGUGAGUCAAUAAAACUUAAGGAGAACUUUUUUAAUGACCUCUCCAAGACCACUGCUGAAGCAGAUGCUUCUAUAAACUUGAAUGGGAGAGGAGUCUGGGUUGCAAACAUUAACAAGUCUGCCGAAAUUGAGGAAGAAAAACGACUAGAGGCAGUUAACAAGCGCAAGAUGAUGUUUGAUGAGAUAAACCAUCAAAAGAAGCAUGAGAGAGAAGCGCAUGCUGUUUUCCAUGAGAAGACUAGAGCAUCCCACAUUUCCAUAACAACAGAUGAUGGUUCAACUGCUGAAAAUGAAGAUGUGGCAGAAUCUGAAGUUGAGGGCUCAACAUCAAGGUUUGUUUCACAACAUGAUGAUGGCCCCAAAAGAUUCUUUGGAGUUGGUGGGUCUUCUGAGGUUCCAAAGGAGAUUCAUGGGCUGGCUGAUUCAAGCGGUGUGGACUUAAAUGGGCAAAAGAGGUUUAAUAGUCCGUCGGAAAAUGAAUUUAAGCUUGGCAAUAUGACCUAUGGUGUUCCUUUCUCCAUCCAAGCGGUAAACAUGAUGAAUGUGCCUUACUCUUUACAUGUGAAGGAGUCAAACUCUGUUGGGGUACCCAGCACAUCAGGCCAUCCACCCCCGGGAAUGUUGCAGGCAAUGCCUUCUGCCGGUAGUGAUCGAUCAGGGACACAACCUGUGAAUCCUGGAAACUUGCCACAACAGCUUCCUAUGUUUGGGUAUUCGCCAGUCCAGCUUCCUAUGUUAGACAAGGAUAACUCCUGGGGUUUGGUUUCUCAACCACAACAGUUCCACUCACCCUAUGCUGGCAGAAGUCCACCAAACUCAGAGGCUACACAAUAUGAUGGGAGGACAUUAGAACGGGCCAAAGGUGAUAGCAAACAGCAUGGCCCUGAGGAAGGCUCCUCUUCUCAGGUGGAAGAAGAUCUGAAAGGGAGUAGCACAAACCUUAAGGCAAAAGAUGCUUCUGAUCGUUCAACAGCAGAUGGUUCAUUAAUCAAUUUUUCAGCUAUAAAGCCGGGCAUUGCAGCAGAGCUGAAAUUUGGGGGAUGUGGCUCUUACCCCAACCUACCAUGGGUUUCUACCACUGGUUCAGGCCCAAAUGGUAGAAAAAUUUCUGGUGUUACUUACAGAUACAGCACAAACGAAAUUAAAAUUGUGUGCGCUUGUCAUGGUUCCCAUAUGUCUACUGAAGAGUUUGUUCGGCAUGCCAACGAAGAGCAUGUUAAUCCAGAGAAUGGCACUAGUCCAGUGACAUUUCCUGGUAGCAAUCCUGCUGCCUCUUCUCAGAUCUGAUUCUGUAUCAUUAUGUACAAUUAGACUAUUAACUCUUGAAAAUUAUGGAGGAAAACCUGGCUAUGGUCUUGUCUACUCCUGUGAGAUUCCUCCUUUUCUCUAUGUGCUUGCUUAGUUAUCUGUCUUAGUUUAUUCAGUUGGCUUGGCAUCUGCAAUCAAAUAUUGCAUUUGUAUGUAAUAAUGUUCUACUGUCAUCCAUUGGUCAAAUAGUGGAAUCAAGCCUUUCACAGUA